AUAAGGCUAGAGUAUUCCUAAACACUCCCCCCAAUCCCCAUUUUAAGCUUGGAAGUUGAAACCUAAGUAGUCCAAACGUCAAAAUCAAAUAAGCAGUAAAUAAAAGAAACUCCAAACGACCAAACAAAAAAGACCCCGCCUCGAAAAUAACGGGUUUUGAAUUUUGCACCGUAACAAUUAACACCUUCCCUCCUUCCUUCAUCUUCCUCUGUCUCUUCCUUGUUCAGAUACCAGCUGCUUUUCUUCCAAACACGCCACGUCACCACUCUUUCUCUCUCCUCUUCUCAACUUAACAGAACUACAAAGCAACGAAUUUCCCGUUUUUAAUUUAUAAAAUAAAAUAACAUUCUUCUUCUUUAUUUUUUUUUAAAGUUGAUCUUUUUGUUGCAAUAAAAGCAGAAGUCUGAAUUUCUCAGCAACAAAGAAGAAGAGCAAAAGGAGAGAGAAAAUUAAAAUAAAAAAUGGGUUCAAGUUCGAAUAAUAGUGGAAGUAGUAAUUAUGAUUUAUCAUUCAAAGUUUUGUUAAUCGGUGAUUCUGGAGUUGGCAAAAGUAGUCUGCUUGUUUCUUUCAUUUCGAAUUCUACUCACGAUCAAUCUCCUACUAUUGGGGUUGAUUUUAAGAUCAAGACGCUCACUGUUGGUGGGAAGAAGUUGAAACUUACAAUAUGGGAUACUGCUGGUCAGGAGAGGUUCAGAACACUGACAAGCUCCUACUAUAGAGGUGCCCAAGGGAUUAUUCUUGUGUAUGAUGUCACAAGAAGAGAAACUUUUACCAACUUGUCUGAUGUUUGGGCUAAAGAAGUUGAGCUUUACUCCACUAAUCAAGAUUGUGUCAAGAUGCUCGUGGGAAAUAAAGUUGACAAGGAUUCGGAAAGAGCUGUGACUAGGGAAGAAGGGAUUGCUCUUGCACAACAGUUAGGUAGUUUAUUUCUUGAAUGCAGCGCCAAAACUCGAGAAAAUGUGGAACAGUGCUUUGAAGAGCUUGCUUUGAAGAUUAUGGAAGUUCCAAGUCUCUUGGAGGAAGGGUCAAAUGUGGGAAAAAGGAAUGUCUUAAAACAGAAGCAAGAUCAAAGAGCGUCUCCUCCAGGUGGUGGUUGUUGCGCUUGAACAGCCACUGCGACUCCAUAUACUUCAAAGGAGACCUGAACCGCAGUUGCAACUUCAUUAUUGGUAGAAGUUAUAACAUGUUGCGGUCAAAUUAUGUACAUGAUAAUUCUUUUUUUUUCGCUUUUCUGCUGUUCCGUGUGUUUUAUUCUGCGUUUAGCUGUGUAUCCGUCAUUCAUAGGAAUUAGAGCUGUUACAAGUUUGUGUAUAAUAAUAGUAGACUUUCUUAGGCAUGGCUUCUCUCAUCUACUUGGAUUUGAUUGUCACUUUGCUUGCUUCGUGAGCUAUACAUCAGCAAUAAGUUUAUGUAUCGUUGGUAAGUUAAGAGUUUAAUCAUGCUAUAAUAUCCAUCAAGGGAUAGAUUGAAGUCUAUUAA